AUGCCCAGAGUCGAGUCCGUCGGUGGGCGCAAAUCCAGUAUCGGAGCUCGCAGGGGUCCCCCGAAGAAGCACGUUCCCUAUCGCCACGAUGACCUCAUGCACGGAAAGCGCACUGGCAUGGCCGUUGAAGUCGUCGAACACGAUUCGGACGAUUUCGAAUCUUUCACAGAGGUCUUGAAGCAGGCGGAAGGGCGGUAUAGGCAGAUCACGAAGCCAGCAAAGCGACGCCAGUCUACUGCGCGCACACCUGUCCGCGAGGAUUAUGGUGAGGACGGAGAGAUGUCAAUGGACUUGGCAAGUGAGUGGCGUUCUUUCCUCGCCAGUCGCAAGUCCUACGUCCCAAAUAGCGUAACAAGAGUAGGGUCCUCCAAAGUCACCCACACCUCCGACGUCGACUUCGACCAAGUUCCCUCCCCUCACGCUCGUCCUUCGAACUUCUCUCAGCGAAUGUCGCUCGCAAACGGUCCAAACGGGUCAACGAUGGAAUACGGCCGAGCCGGCCCCUCAUCGCUUUCCAGACCAUACUCCCUGGGCCGGUCGCCUCCUGCUAACGGCGAUAUGGAUGACGACGAUGACGACAACGAGCCCGCCGGAUUCGACGAUUACGCACCGCCGGACGACAUGGCGGACGUCGACAUGCACCGGUCUAGCUUCAUGCAGAUAGACGAAGGCGACACCAUGGAGGAGGCCGAGGUGGAUAGGCAGACGCGUUCUCCGAGCUUCGACAAGGGCAAGCGGAAAUCUUACGUCCCCGACGAUGACAUGCCAAUGGACAAUGGGGUGGAGGAUGACAUAGCUGCUGGUAUGGCGGAGCUGGAUGCUGGACAAGAUGAGGAGGACGAGCGGACGCCACCACCACCGAAGAAAGCAAAGGCAACGGAGAAGAAGCCACGGAAAAAGAGGGAGAUGAAGACUUUCGAACGCUCUCCAACACCCCCAGGUGCCCGCCGCAGUCGACGAACACGAUACGCGCCCCUCGAGUACUGGCGCCAGGAACGCGUAGUCUUAGGACGUGCUGACCAUGGAGUCACGCUCGUGCCAGAAGUCAAGGAGAUUGUUCGCGUUCCCAAAGAACCCGUGAUCCCGCUAGGCAAGAAUGGUCAGAAGCAACGACGUGCUGCAUCGCGCGCAAAGAGCAGACCACCAGCGUCGGCGGUAUACAACCUGGAAGAAGGCUGGGAUGAUGAGACGCCUAUCAGUCACAUUGUCCUUGACUAUUUGACACAGGAAGAGGUGAAAAGACGUAUUGCCUUCACGAACAAGAUGCUGGAUCCGCGACCAGCAGGCAACAACGACUGGUUCUUCGAGAAAGUGUUUGGAGAUGCGGAUUUCAUGGCGGUCGGCAUGGUAGUCAUUCCUCCCGGCGGCAGAAAGCCGAACAAGGCCACCAAAGAUAAUACAUACGCCUUCUGUGUUCUUCAAGGCGCCAUAAAAGUUGUCAUUCAUGAAUCGUCCAUGAUCCUCGCUACGGGUGGCAUGUUCCUUGUCCCUCGAGGUAACCACUACCUUAUCGAGAACAUCUGUGAGCGAGAGGUGAGACUCUUCUUCACCCAGGCGCGCCGGGUUCCCCUCGAGGAUUUCGACGAAGGGGAAGGAGAAGGCGCCGUCGAUUCACGUCGACAGUCUCACGACUCGCGCGGGUCCACGGUGCCAAAGAAGGAGAAGGAGAAGCGAUGA